AUGAAACUAGAUGGUAGUGAAGCCAAGCAACUGGGAUCCCUGUCCCAGGAUGUGGGCAUUGGCAAGGGGAUUGGGAAGAGGACAGAAACUCUCAGCCUCUGGAGGCAGCUCCUGUCAAGUGUGAGGGAAAAGUAUUCUCUCAAGGAUGACCUAGCAGUGCAUCCAGGCAGGUGGAACGCCAUGGAGAAAGGUAUCCAGUAUGUGAGAGAAUUAGCUGCACUGGAGGUAAUCUAUAGGGAUUCAAAUAAUGAGCAGUCCCCUGUAGAUCCAGAUGAAGUCCAGUGUACACAAUCCAUGUGGUGGAAGUUUGUACGGAGUAUGCCAUCAUUGUAUGCCAACUCAUUGGCAUUGGUGUCAAUGAAAGAAGAACAAACAGUGCUUCAGGAACCUGAUUCUGGCAAUAUGAAGAUCAUCUUUUUUUCCUCCCUAUUGAUCUGGGCCUCGGCUGUGGAAAGACUGUCCAAGACUGCAGACAGAUUCAAAAGGCUCGAGCAAGCUAGAGAGGAAAUGUCCCAUGCCCCGUCAGGGGAAAGGAACAAUGGCUUUGAUGUCCUCUAUCACAACAUGAAACAUGGACAUUUGUCAACAAAAGACUUGGCAGACUUUAUAAGAGAAAGGGCUGCGAUAGAGGAGGCAUAUUCAAGGUCAAUGACAAAACUAGCCAAAUCAGCAAGCAAUUACACACAACUUGGGACAUUUGCACCAGUUUGGGAUGUUUUCAAAACCUCAACAGAAAAACUGGCAAGCUGUCACUUGGACCUCAUGCGGAGAUUACAAGAGCUAAUAAAAGAAGUUCAUAAGUAUGGAGAUGAACAAAUCAAAACUUAUAAAAAGACUAAAGAAGAUGUUUCAGGAACAUUAGAAGCAGUGCAAAAUAUCCAAAGUAUCACUCAGGCCUUACAAAAAUCAAAGGAAAACUACAAUGCAAAGUGUGUUGAACAAGAACGUUUGAAAAAGGAAGGAGCAACACAGAGAGAAGUUGAUAAGGCAGCAGUUAAAUUGAAAAAAGCUACAGAUACCUAUAAAUUGUAUGUGGAGAAAUAUGCUGCAGUUAAAUCUGCUUUUGAACAGAAGAUGACAGAAACUGCACAGAAAUUUCAAGACAUUGAAGAAACACACCUUCUUCAUAUGAAAGAGAUUAUAGAAUCAUUGUCAAAUACCAUAAAAGAAAUUCAUUUGCAAAUAGGAGAGGUGCAUGAAGAGUUUAUUGAUAACAUGACAAAUACUACAGUUAAGAGUUUAAUACAGAAAUUUGCUGAGUCAAAAGGAACUGGCAAGGAAAGACCUGGUCCUAUUGAAUUUGAGGAAUGUAACACAUCCAGUGCAGUUGAAGGGAUAAAACCACGAAAGAGGAAACCUUUUGGUUUUUCAGGAAUAAUGAAAAAAGAAAAAGAUAUUGAGUCUAUGAUGUGUCCAGAUACAGACUCAGUUAACAUUCCUGAUAUAGAUGAUGAAGGAUACAGCAUUAAACCAGAAGCAUCACAGGAUACCAAAAAGAACCAUUUCUAUUCAUCCAGUGAUUCUGACUCUGAAGAUGAUGAACCCAGGAGGUUCCAUGUAGAAAUAAAACCUGUCCAAACAAAUGAUAGCUCUCAAUAUACCAUGCCUUCUUUGGAUGAAUUAAAAGUAUCUAUAGGGAACAUUGCUCUUUCUCCAGCAAUAUCUCAGAAACAGAGUUCUGCACAAACUAAUCAAAAUGCAUCCAGUGAAGAGUUAACAAAAUUAAAGCUUUCUACUCCAGCUAAUGAAAAGGGAAACAGUGACCUUCUGGCAUGGAAUCCACUCUUAAGCAGUUCUCUUGAAUCUUCCUCUUCAGGCCCCAUGGUAUCCUCAUCCUCCUCAGCAAGACCCACAAAUCGUCUUUCUGUAGGCACCAUUGUCCCCCCUCCAAGGCCUGCUUCAUCACCAAAAUUGUCUACAGGGAAAUUUAGUGGAAUUAAUGAAAUACCUAGGCCAUUCAGCCCUCCAUUGACCUCUAACUCAAGUCCACCACAUGCAACUCCCUUGGCACAUGCAGAGAGCAUUUCCUCAAUAUCCUCUUCUGUUUCCCUCAGUACAGCAAACACACCUAUAGUUGGUGUUUCACGUGGUCCCAGCCCUGUCAGACUUGGAAACCAGGAUACCGUGCCUGUUGCAGUAGCCCUUACUGAGUCUGUUAAUGCCUACUUUAAAGGAGCAGAUCCCACAAAAUGUAUUGUGAAGAUUACUGGUGAUAUGACAUUAUCGUUCCCAAGUGGGAUUAUUAAAGUCUUCACCAGCAACCCAUCUCCAGCUGCGCUCUGCUUCAGGGUAAAAAACACAAACAAACUAGACCAGAUUCUUCCAAAUGCUCAACUUGUAUACAGUGAUCAGUCACAAAGUGACUCUAGUAGUAAGGAUUUUUGGAUGAACAUGCAAGCCAUAACUGUCUACCUCAAGAAAUUAUCUGAGCACAAUCCAUCUGCAUCCUAUUAUAAUGUGGAUGUUUUAAAGUAUCAGGUCUCUUCAAAUGGCAUCCAGUCCACUCCCUUGAAUCUUGCAACUUACUGGAAAUGUAGUGCUAGCACUACUGAUGUGAGAGUGGAUUAUAAGUAUAAUCCAGAGUCUAUGAAUGUGCCUAGUAUGCUGUCUAAUGUGCAGGUUAUUGUACCAGUAGAUGGAGGAGUAAUAAACAUGCAAUCACUUCCACCCGCAAAAUGGAAUGCGGAUCAGAUGAAAGCUUAUUGGAAAAUAUCUAGCAUUUCAGAGAAGUCUGAGAAUGGAGGUUCUGGAUCACUCAGAGCAAAAUUUGAACUUUCAGAAGGACCUAGUAAACCAGCAACACUUGCAGUGCAAUUCAUUUGUGAAGGAAGCACCCUUUCAGGAAUAGAUGUAGAGCUAGUAAGCACUGGCUAUCGACUUUCUCUCCUUAAGAAGAGAUUUGCCACUGGAUGGUAUAUGGCAGACUGCUGA